AUCCUCGAAAAGUUCAUGUACAAUCUUCAUUUCGUUUCUAGACUCGUGUUUAUCUUUGAACAAAGAUGAACCACAAAAUGAUCGAUCAGCAGCAUAUAGAAGACACUGACACCAAGUACAAUGGUCAUCAGGUACCCAAAACAAUUCGAGUGGGCGUCAAUAUUAGAAGGUAUAGAUAUUGGUCCACCACCACUGGAAGCUAGCGUUACUUUUACAGUAAUUAGCUAUCCAGCUACUAGCUGAGCAAUAUAUAACCAUCAUGCAUGUAUCAGCUCUUGGCUAGCUAGGUGGCCUGUGUAAAAUUAGUUAAUGCUUAAAACUAUGCCUAGGGCUAGAGAUCGGGAGCCACUUGUUGUCGGGAGAGUGAUCGGAGAUGUUCUAGACCCGUUUACGAAGUCUGUGUCUUUGAGGAUGACUUACAGUAAUAACAGGGAGGUUACCAGUGGUUGUGAGCUUAAACCUUCUCAUGUUGUUAACCGACCUCGCGUUGAGAUGGGGGGAGAUGAUCUUAGGACUUUCUACACUCUGGUCAUGGUAGAUCCUGAUGCACCCAGUCCAAGUGAUCCCAACCUCAAGGAAUAUUUGCAUUGGUUGGUGACUGAUAUUCCAGCAACAACUGCAGCAAGCUUUGGCCGAGAGCUUGUGAGCUAUGAAACUCCACGGCCAGCGAUGGGGAUCCAUCGCUUUGUUUCAGUUUUGUUUCGCCAAUUGGGUAGGCAAACAGUAUAUGCUCCAGAAUGGCGCCAAAAUUUUAACACCAGACAGUUUGCUGAGAACUAUAAUCUUGGAUCACCGGUGGCCGCUGUCUAUUAUAACUGCCAAAGGGAGAGCGGCUCUGGUGGAAGGAGAGUAUAGCGUUGUCUAUAUAACCAGCACUCGUACUCAUAUAGUGUCAUAAUGAUAAUAAGUUUCCCCAUCUAGCUUGUGAGUUGUGGGUCUUUCUCAGAUACUUGCCCGCCCUUUACAAACCGGGUUUGGUGUCAACUAAAUUUAUUGUGAUGAAUCGUCUAUCUGUUUUAGAUGCAUGGAUCACUAAAACAUAUCUGAUUAAUUUUCUUGGGUGGUUCCCAA